AUGAUUGAUAGAAAUUCCACGAACGAAACGAGCCAUGUGGUCAGUGUUAAAGUUGUUGAUGUAGAAAAAAGGUAUCGACCAGGACCUAAACAUUACGUGUAUGUUAUUCAAGUUACUUGGUCUAAUCCGGCAAAUAUUUUCAUUAUCUAUCGACGAUACGCUCAGUUCUUCGACCUUCAAUGCAAAUUACUGGAUCUAUUUGCCGAAGCACCAUCACCAUCGAACAACUACAAAAGCCAACCACGGCAGAUUCCCUUUCUUCCCGGAAAAAUUUUUCUCGGCCGAAGCCAAAUUCGUCAAAUAGCCUUAGAACGAAAACAAGCAUUGAACAUCUAUUGUCAAACGUUGAUUUCUCUACCAGAACAAAUCUCUCGAUCUCGACCGGUACUGCAAUUUUUUCAGCCAUUACCUACUGAUGUGCAAAACUCGAGUGAUACAACAGCUAAUGAGAGGAAAUCUGUCACGAAAGAAUCAGUAGUCAUCAGCAGACCAUUGAAAUUACCAACAUAUCGAUGUUUCAGCGACUUUGAAGCUGUGGAGAAGAUUGAGAUAUCGUUGAAAAAGAACACUCUUGUACAGGUUAUUCACAAACAUCUCAAUGGAUGGUGGUUCGUACAAAAUGGCGAUCGAAAAGGUUUUGUGCCAGGAGCAUUUCUCGAACCCAUCGAGCAACAGCAGCAGAAUGUCUUAGAAACAGACGACUUCUCGACAACAGGAAAUGAGACUUAUAUUGUAAAUAAAUCUUACGAGGCAAUGAAUCGAGAUGAAAUCUCUUUGGAUCAAGGAUCGUUCGCAACCGUUUUAGAGAAAUCUUUUACGGGAUGGUGGAUAGUCAAAUUUCAUGACCGAACUGGUCAAUUUCCGGCUGUUUAUUUAACUUCUUGUAAAGGACGAGUUAUUCCUGAAACGAUUCCAAGCACGGAAUCAACAACGGUUCUUCAACGACUAAGUAGCUUGAAAAAUUAUGAACGAAAUGAUAAUGACGAACUUCCGCCUGCUAAUGCUCCUGAGCUGUUUUACGUCCAUACAGAUUUUCAUGACGAUGUCGGCGACUGCGUAUCUUUACGGCGUGGUGAUGUUGUUGAAAUUCAUGACAAACAUAUAAGUGGCUGGUGGUUGGGACGACGAUUGAAAGAUGACUUUAUCCUCACUUGGCUUCCUUCUGCUUUUCUUCAAAAAAUACGUAUAUCACCGAUGUUCAUGCUCCGACAUAUCCCACCGUGUCCGUGGAAGGACAAUCGCAAAUUUCGAUGA